GUUCUACUCUGUUCAGUGGGAGGUAACUAGAUGAAGCUGUAAAUCAUGCUCUCUAGAUACGCGUUGCAGAAGCCAGUUAAAAAGAGGUCCCAGUAGUCUCUGGUACAAGCAAAGGAUCCAGUCACAGGAUAAACUACUUCUCUGCUGUCUGAAUUUUCCAAAUGGUUGGUAGCCCAGUAUGUGUAAGGUUUCUUGAAGUCAUACUUUUUCAAGAAACAGAAGGUUAAAGACAACAAUCAGCAAGUACAACAAUAAGUAAAUACAAUUUCUUACUCUGUAUUGUUCUGGCACUUGUUUGAAGAGUUGGUGAGGAAAUAUGAUGGGGUAUGUACAUUCGAUAUUCCUAUCUACCUUCCUCUUGGUUUCCGUGACAUCAGAAUCAUAUGAUGCAAUGGAAGGUGAGGCUUUAGCUGUAAAAUGUCCCCUGCGGAAUUCAGCUGUGAAAGUCACCUGGUAUCACGCAGACACUAAGAAAAUAAUUCCUGAAGAAGAAGAGGGAUCACGAAUAUUUUCAUUAGGAAGAUUUCUUUGGUUUCUGCCAAAUUCUGUAGAAGAUUCUGGAACCUAUACUUGUGUUACACAUUUCCCAAAUAAUAGUACAAAAGAGUUCAACAUGAGCGUGAUGGUGCAUCCAUACAAGGAAGGAGUAUGUUUCCCAAGCCGGAUACUUUAUCCUAAUGACACUAGAAGAGGAAGAAUUGUUUGUCCUACAUUUGACAAUUAUAAGAAUGCUACUAUGAUCCAGUGGUAUAAGGAUUGCAGACCUCUUCAGGGAGAGAGAUACCUGAAGAAAGAUAAAUAUAUUUUUAUUAGCAACCUGACAAAGGAGGAUGAUGGUUAUUACACUUGUCAUUUUACCUACACUCACAGAGGAAACGUGUUCAAUGUAUCAGCUACAAGGAUCUUUAUAAGUGAAGCAAAACACCUGUCUCUACCUGCUCAAAUUUUGUUUCCAAAAGAUAAAGAUGUGAUAGAAGUAGAGCUUGGUGCUUCUUUGUCUCUGAAAUGUCAGGCCCGUCUGGGGAUUAAGAAACAGCCUAUAGAUGUUGUCUCAUGGGAUGUGGAUAAAAAUCCAGAAAUAUACACAGAUACUUCAAGAUUUCAUGAAGAAACUCAUUUUUUUGAAGGACAAGCACGAGAAUAUUACGGAGAGGCAACUUUGCACAUCACUGAAAUAAAAGAGGAGGAUCUGCAGUCAAAUUUCACAUGUGUGGUGGUGAAUGAAAUGGGAAAUACAAGGGCCACGGUGACAUUACAACUCAAAGCACAAUCAGAUCAUCCCAAUGUCCUCAUGAUUGUUGGAUUUCUAGUACUGCUAGUGAUAGUAGCAGUCUCUGUUGUACUUUAUCAAUUCUUCCGAAUUGAUAUUGUCCUAUUUUAUCGGGAGAUAUUUCAGCCCUACUCAGUCAAAGAUGAUGGGAAGAUAUAUGACGCAUAUGUGAUCUACCCCAGAAGCUACGGCAAUGAAGCUAAUUUUGUGGAAUAUUUUGUACACCAAAUUAUGCCAGAUAUCCUAGAAAAUAAAUGUGGAUAUAAAUUAUGCAUUUAUGGAAGAGAUACAUAUCCUGGAGAAGAUAAAGCCAGUGCAGUUGAGACGAGGAUACAGAAGAGCAGACGGCUGAUCAUCCUUCUAACACACCAGUUGCUUAAUUGUAAAGAAUUCGCUUAUGAUCAACAUGUGGCUUUAUACGAUGCCCUCAUUCAAAACAAUACAAAGGUGAUCCUGCUGGAAAUGGAGACGAUGGAGACGUAUGAGACUCUUCAGGAAUCUCUUAAAUAUAUAAUCAAGAAACAAGCUGAAAGUUCAGAAACUUAAGAUCAUUUUAAAAGGUUAUAAAAGCAAAUGAAUAUGAGAACACGUCAUGGAAAAUGUUGUUGCGAAAGAGAGAAUAAAACAGAAUAGCUGUUUCCAAACUGUCACUAUCAAGUCAUAGCUUGUUAAAAGUAUCAGCUUUUCAGCAUCCAUCCUCAAUAGGGGGGGAUGGAAUUUGUAGCAGAAAUAAAAAGAUAAAAGCUGCCUUUUUUGGCUUAAUAUUUAUUUAGCUUACGUCCUUAAAUCUCCAUCCCACUUCCAUCACACUUCUUGGAAAGGCGUCCCGCCGCCAGCAGAAGAGCAGAGGAAGCAGCGUUUCGGUUACGAAUACCAAAGCCAUCACUUCCUUGUGCCCUUUCCUCCUACAAAGGUCGUGAGAGGGAAGAACCCCCUGCUGCUGCCCGCCCCUUCCAACCCCUCCGGCGCGGUGCUGAGCGGUGCUGAGCGGCUCUGGCAGAGCCAGGUUUUUCAGACUGAGCUGUCUUUGCAAUGACUCGCUUACUGAGAGUGAUCGCUUUCUGUUUCUGUGAUGAAUGAAGGUUCAGAAGAUUCGUGAGUACAAGUUGUGACCAUCUGCAGUUUGGAAGGUUACCUCUGCAUCCACUUUCAACUUGGCAAAACCUGCAUGUGAUUUAUAGGAUGGUGGCACACUUGUAAUGAAUUGGAGAGAACAAUAAAAGAGGGGGAGCAGCCACACGUCUUGCUGUCAUUCCGGAAUAU